AUGAAUACCACCAAAUCUCCUAUCCAUUCGGUUACUUCUCAUGGCAUUGCAGCCAUUAGAUCUCGAGCUGGGGAUCACUUGAACCAAAUUGUUUCCAACAGGUCUGAAAUUCGUAUUAUAAACCAAGAUGAAGCUGUCGACGAAGGUGAUCUUUUAGCACAAAUAGGCUAUAAACAAGAAUUGAAUAGAUCAUAUAAUUCUUUACAGGUCUUCGGGAUAGCAUUUUCAAUAAUGGGCUUAUUACCUUCUAUUGCAUCUACUUUAGCUACCGGCUUGGAGGCAGGUCCAGUUGGUUUAACAUGGGGUUGGUUGAUAAGUGGGUUAUUUAUUUUGUGUAUUGGGACCCUGAUGUCUAUCUUAAGUUCACUGAUUCCAACGUCUGGUGGGUUGUAUUAUUGGACGAAUUACUACGCACCAGAUCUGAUUAGAACUCCAUUAAGUUUCAUGAUUGGCUGUUCAAAUUCUUUAGCGUUGUGCGGAGGGAUAUGUCUGAUCAACUACGGGUUUGCAACGGAGUUGCUUUCGGCUAUUUAUAUUAAUCGAGAUGGAAAUUUUGACAUUACGAAUGCCAGAAUAUAUGGAGUCUUUGCAGCUUGCGUUGUAUCUCAUGUUAUAGUCUGUUGUACAACUACGAAACACACUGCGUCAUUGCAGACAUUUUCUAUUUGUAUAAAUGUUUUCAUCAUCGUUUUAUUUUUUAUUGCAAUUCCUGUUGGGGUGUCAAAGAACUACGAAUUCAAUAGCGCUAAUUUCAUUUUUACAGAAAUAGAUAACUUCAGAACAUGGGAUCAAGGUUGGUCUUUCAUGCUUUCAUGGAUGCCAGCUAUUUGGACAAUCGGUGCUUACGAUUCAUGUUUGCAUUUAUCUGAAGAGGCUCUCAAUCCAAGGAAAUCAGUUCCUAUUGGCAUUUUAAGUUCCAUUUUUGUUUGCUGGAUAGUUGGUUGGAUAAUUUGUAUUGUUGCUUGCGUUGCAAUUAAAGAUGGAGAUGUAGGAGCAGUAUUAGAAAGCUCAACUGGCCUGGCAAUGGCUCAGAUUAUUUAUGAUGCAUUAGGGAAGAGUUGGGCAGUCGCAUUUAUGUCUUUAAUUGCGUUUGCACAAUACCUCAUGGGUGCUUCGAUUUUAAUAGCUGCUUCAAGGCAAGUAUGGGCAUUUGCUAGAGAUGAUGGGUUACCGUUUUUCCAUAACUUUGUUAAGGUCAUAAACCCCAAAAUAAAAGUUCCAGUCAGAGCAACAAUAUUCAGUGGAUGCUUAUCGUUGAUUUUAGGUUUGCUUAUCUUAAUUGAUACCACGGCUGCAAACGCACUCUUCUCCUUAGCCGUGGCUGGAAAUUAUUUAGCUUGGGGAAUGCCUGUUUUAUUGGUGCUAUUGCCUGUAGGCCGCUCAAGAUUCACUCCUGGUCCUUUCUAUUUAGGAAAAUUCUGGACAGAGAUAAUUCAUAUCACCACCGUUUCUUGGACCGGAUACGUUAUAAUAAUGUGUAUGUUCCCGGAUAAUAAGUCAGUUUCAAGUGAAACUAUGAAUUAUACUUGCGUUAUAAAUGCUGGGAUUUGGCUUCUUUCGCUCGUCUAUUACUUCACCUACGGUUAUAAGAAAUUCUCAGGCCCCAAGACUAAUCUCGAUGAAGACAAAGAUGAUUCAUUUGCUGACGUUACAGUAAUUCAAAACGUGGAUGAAGUUCUUAGUAAAAAAGCUUAA